AUGUACCAGCCAUACAAGGUCAGCCAGAAACUUAAACUUAAAUUUAUAGUAACAAGUGAACCUAGCGACUUUGCACAAUCUUUUGUGAAUGCAUACAGAAAUACUUGCGCAAAAUUUUUGAACGGCACAAGAGCUUCAGAAGUAUAUCCUCCCACAUAG